ACGCGUCACUCUUCACGUGACGACUCCGACCGGCUGUUUGACUCGGAAGCUGCAAUGCUCUAGCGAAACGCGUGAGGAAAGAAAAAUGACCGACAGCGACCUCGAAUUCACGUCCUAGACAGCACGAUAGACGUUUUCCAUCUGAUCAGCGAUCGCGCAACGACGUAUUACAGCCUUCAGUCGGUCAGUGACUCGUUUAACGGCUUCAUUCCGGUUCGUCGUCGAAAAAGGUACGCGGUUGACGUAAAAGCGCUCAAGGGUCGGUGCUCGGUCCUAUUACGUUGUGAAACUAUGGAGAAAGCUACAUCACCCGAACAUAAUGGAGCACCUGAACACUACACGAACGGGAUGAUGAACGGGUUUCACACUGCGCAGUCCGGUCCGAGCGGAGGAGUAGCAGGAGGAGAUGGAGGAGAUGACAGUAGCCCGAACUGUAGCGGUGGCCAUAAUGGUAUUGAAAAUAUCCACCAUCUUCACCAUCAGGAUGUCGCGCACAACAACGGGUCUCCUGCUAAACGCUGCAGGCUUCGGAGACGGAUGGAUUCGGGGAGAAAACACCGACCACCAUUUCCGUGGUUUGGCAUGGAUAUCGGUGGCACUCUGGUGAAGUUGGUGUACUUUGAACCAAAGGACAUCACAGCUGAAGAGGAGCAGGAGGAAGUGGAGAGCCUGAAGAGCAUUCGUCGCUACCUAACAUCCAAUGUGGCCUAUGGCAACACAGGCAUCCGUGAUGUGCACCUGGAGCUGAAGAACCUGAUCAUGUGCGGCCGCAAGGGCAACCUGCACUUCAUUCGCUUUCCCACACAUGACAUGCACAGCUUCAUCCAGAUGGGCCGGGACAAGAACUUCUCCAGCCUGCAUACGACACUAUGUGCUACUGGAGGGGGGGCCUACAAGUUUGAGGAGGAUUUCAGGACGGUGGCGAAUUUGGAGCUGCAGAAACUUGAUGAGCUGGACUGCCUGAUCCAGGGCCUGCUCUACGUCGACUCAGUCGGCUUCAAUGGCCACGCAGAGUGCUACUUUUUCCAAAACCCCUCUGAUCCUGAAAACUGUGUCAAGACGCCAUGUUGCCUUGACAAUCCCUUUCCUAUGUUGCUGGUAAACAUUGGCUCAGGAGUAAGCAUUCUGGCAGUUUACUCAAAAGACAAUUACAAACGGGUCACUGGCACCAGUUUGGGAGGGGGUACGUUUCUCGGCUUGUGCUGCCUGCUAACCGGUUGUGAGACGUUUGAGGAAGCUUUGGAAAUGGCGGCCAAAGGGGAUAGUACAAAUGUUGACAAGCUGGUAAAGGACAUAUACGGCGGUGAUUAUGAGCGCUUUGGUCUUCAGGGAUCUGCUGUAGCAUCGAGUUUUGGUCAUAUGAUGAGCAAGGAGAGGCGUGACAGCAUCAGCAAAGAAGACUUAGCCAGAGCUACUCUUGUUACCAUAACAAACAACAUCGGUUCCAUUGCCCGCAUGUGUGCUGUGAAUGAGAAAAUUGAAAGAGUUGUAUUUGUUGGGAAUUUCCUGCGAAUCAACACGGUUUCUACAAAGCUGCUAGCUUACGCCAUGGACUUUUGGUCAAAAGGACAGUUGAAAGCCCUGUUUUUGGAACAUGAAGGUUAUUUUGGGGCUGUUGGUGCCUUCCUAGAGCUACUGAAGAUGACUGAUGACCUCUGAAGCGUUGAAGAACUCCUGAAUUUUCUAACCAGAAGCUGCUGUAAGAUGUCAAAGAACGCCUCCUCCUAUAACCAGGAAAAGCCAAGUCAGCUAUCUAAUAUGAUGCCUGUCUCUCUGUUUGAAAGCUUAAUGCAAGCCUAAUCUAGAAACCUGUAUCGGGUGUGGAGAGUAUUGUGUGUAUUUGCCACUAAUAAGAAUGGUACAGUCUGCUGUAAAAUAAAAUGAAGAUGGUUAUGUUAUAAUAGUCAGUGCCCCAUAAGCCAAAAUCUGCUGAUUUUUAGAGUGAUGCUCAGCACUUCUGCAAAACCCUGUGUGUUGUAUGUUUUAAAUAUUUGGCAUAAAACAUGACUUAAUAGAAUUGAAAGUAAUCAUUAUCUCUCCCACCUUCCCUGUCCUGAGUCAUGGUUCCAUUGUAUUAUAGUCUUCUUUACCUGUCCAAAAUGUUUCGGUGAGAUUUUGGCUAACUUUUCUGGUUUUAAAGGUCCAAUAAGUACGUGUUUUUUUUUUAAUAUUAUUAUUUAUUUUUUCGUUUUUUGUUUUUUUAACCAUUCACACUUAAUGAUCGAUAAUACAAUAUAACAGCUUAUUUUGAGAAAUGUGGCCAUGACGUCAUUGUCAUAGGGAUGUGCUGAUGAUUGGUAACAAGAAGUAAUUCGUUGAUCUUGGCAGUCGACUCCCUUUUCAGUUCAUACUAGCCACGCUGUAGUUACGUCCAUUUCACAUGUUGCAAAAAAAAAAAAGAAAAGGAAAGAGCAUGUGACCAACAGAUGAUUAGCAGUUAGUCAGUAAUAUGCAAUGUACAGCAAAGCCGAUAAUUCCCUGAUUAAGAUAUGAGCAUUAUUAUGCACACCUCAGUAAACUGAACACUGUGGUCCAGCAUUAGUGUACACAGGAAACCUUGGCCUGAUCGCCGGGGCAGGAGAUUUGAGCAUUACUUAUUGGACUUUGACAUUUAUGUUGGAAAAACUGUACAGUGAAAUCAUUUUUAAAAAAUUUCAUACGAUGAUUGAACAGUAUUCGCCAAAACAAAUAAAAUAUAUACUGUAGGUCUACAUCCUUCUCCAUCUAAAUGUCUAGAAGCUAUAAAUUUUGGGACCAAGGUUUUUUGUGUUAACCAAUCAGCAGCUUUUUUUGUUAAAUGAGUGUAGUUGAAUUUAACCGAUUUCUUCAAUAUUAGCAGUAAUGAUUUGCUUUUAUCCCAUAGUCUGAAUGAUGAAUUGUUUGUUGGAUGACUACUCUACUCACAUGACCAUAAUUCUUUGUACCCUUGUGGUGUACUUACACUGUAAUAGAUUAUUAUUAUUAUUAUUAUUAUUAUUAUUAUUAUUAUUAUUAUUAUUAUUAUUUGUUUGUUUCUAUUUAAACCACACUUUUGCAGAUUGUAUCAUUUUAGAGCUAGUCAUUCUCUGUGGCAUUAUAUGAUGGUAUCAUAGUUUAACUUGAAAAUUCGAUUUUGAGCCUCUAAACAUGUCUCCUGCCUUUGUCCCCGCCUUUCUAACAAAUGCCUUCAUCAACCUCUGUACGUUUCUUUUAAAGAACCCCAGCACAAUGUACCUUUAACAUCAGCAUGCACCUUUAGACUUGCUAUAUAACGUGUUCCCGUAAGAAAGUGCCGCUAUGAAGAAAGGGAUUCUUUAAUCUUUGCCAGGGCGACCAGGGCUGAGGCUGUUGGGUUGGCUGAUAUCUAGAUACUGAAUAUCAAGUUGGUCUGGGAAAUCCAGUUACUGUAACAAAUUCACAAUCACAGCUCUAGGAAUUUAAAGGAAUAGUUUGCCCUUCUCUUCCUCUGUCUUGUCUGUGUAUCUGCAUUUGCUAAGAAUGUGAGAGAACUUUAGUGUAUGCAGAAUAUCAGCAAUACAAUACUGUUGACUGACUUUGUAGUAUUUUAAGCAAAUAUACAGAGUGUUAAGCUAAUCAUAGUAAAUAAAGACGAACACUAGUAAUACUUUCAUGUCACCUAACGCGUUUAGUAUUCAAUCACCAGCUCUCAGCAGCCACACCUACACAUUUUAUGUCUAUUUAUAAUGCCUCAUUGUCUGAAACUCAUUUGUUGUUAAGGGCACAUGGACUUUUUAGCUUCAGCAAUCAUUGCAAUGCCAAUGGGAAUCAAGCAUUCCCUUUUAAUGUGUAGAGAUUUAAAACCAUACAGUACGUGAUGCUGGAUUUUUUUCCCCCACACUUCAUCCUUUCAUUACUUCUACUUAGUCCUCAGAAUUGCCUUAUGCUGUUGGUCGCCAUUUUGACUGCUAAGUGUUGAUGGCAGUCCAACACAACACGUUUUUUUUCCCCCUCUGUUCUUUCCAGUCAAGUGUUACGGGGUGCCUUUUACUAAUGGAGACCAGACUUUUAUCUGUACAUUUUUCUUUGUCAUCUAGAUGUCAUUGUAAAAUGUUAAUGUUGAGUUGGUCUGUUCAUGUUUAUUUAUUUCAUUUUUUUCUUUUGUUAUUCAGGAAAUUUAAUCCAUAUGUUAGUACACACUGUUCUAAUCUCCGAGUCACUGCAAACUAAAAUUACACCAGGAUGAAUUAUAUGAAUGCAAAGGAAUGUGAGACAAGUUGGGGCACUACAGUCUUUGUCAGUAAUGGUAAAAAUGUGUACCAGGCUUGUGUCUGUCUAACGCAUUACUGGUAGAGCUUAAUAUAUCUUCAGGCGUGUUCAAUUUCUGUUUGUUUGUUUGGGGUUUUUUUUUUUUCAUUUGUGUGUUGUUGUUUUUUUUACAUUCACACCAGCCUGUUGAGUCAUGCUUAAUGCAUUAUCAUCACAAAACUUUAGAGUUGAUAUGAUUUAGUAAUAAAAUCUUCCACAAUCUGGUCUUAUCUUUUAUAACAGACCACGUAUUCUUUUCCUUUCACAAGUAAUGAGAACAACAUACAUGCCUGAUUGUGUACCAGAAUGUGCUUGGUCUCAGCUGUGUGGCACAUAAGCAGUCUGUUAAAAGGCAGUAUAUUACCAUGUGUGUAAUCGUCCCCUUCAGUGUUGUCACUCUGAACUGGCAGUGUGUGGACCUUGUUUACAUGUUGUAGAGGGUCGCCGAGACUUAUUUCUGCCCCAUGUGGAAUGAAAAGCUCAUUCCAACCCUGCUCUAAGAUUUCAUGUCCUCACAAAUCUCUUUUGAUAUUUUUCUGUUUAUUCUUCAGAUCUUCUCUGUUGUCAACAAACCUUGUGAAAACUUUAUUAAAUGUGAUGAAUCUAUGAAAAGG